AAAUAGUCCAUCAGAUUGUGUUCACGUGUUGCUCAUGCUGCUUUGAAAUAUGUUGCCAGACUGAAUUUCCAGAAGGGUAAAUGAGCAUAAAUGGCAGUCAUCCGUGUCCUCAAAGUAUCCCCCCACGCACAUGGAUGAGAUGGAUCCUACCAGGAAGGUUAAGGCUUGUGAUGUAUUGGACUCAGGUCAUUUCCUGUCUUCAGCUUCUGAUGUUUGGCCCUGCACAGAUACAGAUGACCACAAGAGGCCCCCAUUACAUGAGAAUCAUUGAGGUAUCUACAGUGAAGGUGUACAAUUGGCCUUGUUGGUGGACUGUCCUCUACAGAGUGCCAUUAAAAUUUGUGAUGGAUCUCUAAUCAUGGAAGACAUCCUCCUCUAAGAGAUUAAGGAGCCACAGAAAUCAAAUGCAUACUCAGUAGGAGGAGAAAGUAGAACAAUCUAAAAACACUGCCUCGUGAGACAGCCACUUGGUCUCCUUGAGAGGGCAGUCAAUCACACAACACACAUACGCACACACAGUCAUGUAACAACCUAUGAGGGCUUCUGAAUAAUCUGCCAAACCAACCUCACUGAUGUGGCUGCCGAGUAUUCCUGAAUAAUGCAACGUGAUUUUACACACUCUUGAAGAAUUUCUCUAUAUUUCACAGCUGUCAUCUUAGCCUCUAUGCGGACUAGUCGCCCCAAAGCAUGAUGCUGCCAUCACCAUGCUUCACAGUAGGGAUGGUGUUAGCCAAGUGAUGAGCAGUGCCUCUACUUCUCCAGGCUGGUCCAAAGAGCGAAGAUGCCAGAGCUGGAGGAUCAAGGGUAGUGCUCAUGUGAAGCUGCUUCAAGUCACGAUGGAAUAUAUGCCCAGUACAUGCUUUUCCUCUCUUUAACAGAUUGGACUCCUGUUUAGUGACACCAAUGAGAACCUAAAGGCAGCAGUUCUACAUUCAAACAGUACUGGAAGUCCCUCGUGGCCAUGCGGAUCACUUUAUGCCAAGGGGUGUUAACCGGGGCCAUCAUCCUCAACCUCCUCAUCCUCUACUAUGUGUCCCUGGCCCAGCAGCAAAUGAUGGAGAAGAGGAAGGAACACGGCAGGUCCACCAGGAGGGCUGCCUUACCCGCCUCCGCUCUGGUGGGAGCCAUAGCAGGACUCGUCGGCCCUGGAGUUGAGCCCGCAGUGGCAGGGGUGAGGUCAAUUAAUCGUAGCCCACGCGUGACAGUGCUCCUCCGGGAGUUUGAAAACUUUGAGAAUUACGUCGGGGAUGUUGCCAAUUCGUUCCUGAGCCAAAGACCUGAGCUUCCCUUCCUCGUUGUGGCUGACACGCCUCCGUACCCGCCCCUGGUGCUCCCUGACAGCUCUCGACUCCUAGUGCUCUCCCCAAGCCCGGACCAGCCUCCGCAAGCACACAGGCCAGAGUUUCACGUGCAGACGGAGUUUGUGCUUCUCGUGCCGGACGGUGUGGAGUUGGAGCCGCCUCGAGCGAUUGAGAGGCUGAUAAAGGAGUUGGAAGGCGAGGGUGGUGGUCCAGUGAGGAUGGUAGCUUCGCCCGUGCUGGCUCGAUCCGCCGUGCAGUGUCUCCACCUGCGGGUGAACCUCCGCGAGUGGACGGCCACUUACUCUACCGCGGCGUCCGGGAGCAGCGGUAGCGUGUGCACGGCCUUGCAAGGCGACGCCGUGGUGCUCAUCCACACGGAGGAUCUAUUUAAUCUUUCCGUGCCGUUAGGCCGACCCCUUUUCCCUUCGCUCUUCAUCCAGACCACGCUGAGGGGCUGGAAGGUAAAGCUCCUGGAGAGCCCGUGUUUUUCCGCCAACCACCGUCCCCUCUUCAGCUCAGCUCACAACCAGUGGAAGGCGGACACUCGCCUGAAGGAGUCCACGGGGAAGCUGAUGAAGAGCUUCGGUCUGAAGCGUAUCCUGCUGCCGGAUGGGAAGGAGCAGUGGCACGGCUGUAGCAAGGAGACACCUCGCUGCUUCGGCACGGUGCAGGACAACACGCCGGACUACCUCUAUCUGGAUCGCUGGACGCCACCGUGUUGUCUGCGCGCACUCCGAGAAACCACCAAAUAUGUCAUUAACAUCCUAGAGAGCUACGGGGUGCGCUAUUGGCUCGAAGGCGGGACAUUGCUCGGCGCCGUCCGCCACCAAGACAUCAUCCCGUGGGAUUAUGACGUGGACCUGGGAAUCUACCUGGAGGACGUACCCAACUGUGAUCACUUGAAGAACCUGGACUCGGGCUCGCUGGUAGAUGCCAACGGCUAUGUGUGGGAACGCGCGGUGGAGGGCGACUUCUACAGGGUGCAGUACAGCGAGGCCAACCACCUGCACGUGGACCUGUGGCCGUUCUACCCCCGCAACGGCAUCAUGACUAAAGACACAUGGACCGAGCACAAGCAGGACGUGGAGUUUCCCGAGCACUUUCUGCAGCCGCUCAUGCCCAUGCUCUUCGCUGGCAUCAAUGCCUAUGGCCCGAAUAACCACCGCGCCUUCUUGGAGCUCAAAUUCGGAGAGGGGGUUGUUGAGAACCCUCAGUACCCCAACCCUGCCAAGAAAAGACUGGACCGGGCCAAAUUGUGAGAGUAUAUUUGCAUUAGGCUUCAGCCCACUUGACACCUAAUACCUUUGUAUAUAUAGUGUGAUAGUGGCACGUUUGGUCCUUUUUUUUUUUUUACCUUUGGCCACGAUUCCAUAGGUGACCAAAAGCAGACAAAUCUCCAUACUUAAUGAUACAUUGUUUGCAAUAUGUGUUCUAAAUGUGUACAUUGUACUGCACAAGUGUAAAAAUUACUGUGUACAUUAUCACCAGAUGGAUUUGACUACUGUACAGUAUUUAUGGUUUUGUGAAUUUAUUCUGCCCUGUUGCGUUGUUUUACACUGAUUUUGUUAAGCAUACAAUUGUUGCACACUUGAAUGUAUGUUAGUGUAUUGUUGGGCUUCCACGAGGUGAACUUAGAUGUCUUUGAUAUUGUUUGGGAGUUUGGAGCGCUUGUAUGGGGAAAUUAAGCACACCAUACUUGGCAAUGAUCGCAUAUUGUGGUUGUGAGAACUCCAUCAUUAUAAAUAAAUAAUCUACUGUACUGUAUGAUGGUGGUUCAACUUGCUGAACACUAGGUGACGCAAUACAUCUAUGAUUGGGCCUUUUCCUUCUGGACUCAAAACUAGUAUGGAGUAGUGAACUAUGGAAGAACUGGAUAUGGUAUAGUUUAGUGUAGUAUUUUGACACUGCCAAGUAGCACACGUGUCAGGCCAUUGAGGGAAGCGUCCUAAUUCCAUUAAGUAGCUUUGCACCUGUCUAUGCAGCACACUGUAUAUAUCUGAUCCCAUUCCUAUCAUUGCCCAAUGUAUAAACAGCAGUGUUCGGACAGUUUCCCAUUUAGCAGAGUGCUUCUGACAAUAUAAGACUCGGCAAGAAUACCUCUGGGGGCUUUUCCAAAAUGGAUGAACAAACUUACAGAUAAACAGCCCCUGUAAAAAUGAUGGUUCACAACAUUACUAAAUUAUGAAAAAACAUUUGCUUAAAACUGAAGACUUAAAAUACACAGCGUAAUAUCCUAUUGUUUACGGCAACCAGUGUACACAUUCGUACCAACGUUUUACAGUCUUAAAUAUAACAUAGUUAACAGAUGGAAAUCUGGGAGUUUAUUUGGUUAUUAGCGUGACAUCUCCAAU